GCCUAGCAAUUCCCGAAAUCCCCAAAAGUCGCCCUUCCCCCAACCCUAUCCAACCGAAUCCAGCGGCGGCGGCGGCGGCGGCGGCUAUGGCGGCGGUUAUGAACGCCGAUGUGGAGGUGGUCGACUUCGACCUAGACGACGACGACCUCAUGGACGAGGAUGCCGGGCCGGAUCCAGCGCCGGCCCCCACCUCGCGUCUCCGCUCCACCAUCGCGGGCGACGACGCGCCGCGUAGGACCAAGGGCCGCGGCUUCCGCGAGGACCCCAACUCCUCUGCGCCCCGCGAUUCGCGCUUUGGCGCGGGGGGACGCGCCGACCUCGACUCGCUCGGCGGCCCGGGACCCAUCCAAUCAAUUGAAGGAUGGAUUGUGUUGGUCACUGGAGUUCAUGAAGAAGCUCAAGAAGAUGACCUCCAAAAUGCUUUCCAAGAAUUUGGGCAGGUCAAAAACCUGCAUUUGAAUUUGGACCGUCGUACCGGAUUUGUCAAGGGGUACGCUUUGAUUGAAUAUGAGAAGUUUGAAGAAGCUCAGGCUGCAAUAAAAGAACUGGAUGGAGCUGAGCUUUAUGAACAAAAAAUGAGUGUUGAUUGGGCCUUUAGCAGUGGCCCUGCUAAGCGCAGAUUUACUCGGAAAAGAUCACCACCAAGGGCUCGUUCAAGGACCCCACCCAGGAGAAGGCACUGAUGUUUCCCCAGCAAGUCAUGAAUUACUAUGCGUGAUGUAGUGAAAAAAGUCUGGGGAUUUCAAUUCUCAAAUGUUAGCCUGGUGUAUGUGUAUCCGGCUUUGAGUUGAUGGACACAUGGAGUUACUUAGCCGCUUA